CACAAAACAAAAUCAGAGACCAAUUUGCCUUGCCACCCUUUCUCUUCUUUCUCUUCUGCUCAUUACCCAUUUUGUUUAUAUUAUUGGAAUUGCCUCUCUAAUAAGAAUAUAUUUUUUUGAAGAAUGGUGACAGGCAGAGGGAUCAGCAUUCACAUAGUUCCAGGGCUGAAAAAGUGUCUUUUCAACUCUAAUUUAGGGCUGAGGAAUUUCCAUUUCACAAUCUAUCCAGGGAUGUUUGGGGAAGGAUGUGGGGAACAUCCCGCUUCUCCCUGAUUGUAGGCCAUGCAUGAUGGAGCCCCUCUGAUCCUGGCCAGCUCAUCACUGCAAUUCAUGAUGGUUUGAAACAAUUAAAUGGACAAUUAAAGGUCUUCUAAACGCCGACGCGUGCGGUCUCUAGGAGCAGGAUGGAGAGCAGUCAGGAGAGCUACAUCUCAUCAGGAGAGGAGGAGGAGGAGGAGGAAGAGCUCUCCUCCUUCCUGCUCAGCGAUGAACUGCAAGAUCUAGAGAAGCAGCUGUCCCACAUCCAAGUCCAUGUUCCUGAAGUUGUAUUUGAAUUUGACUGGAGUUCCGUUGACACCAGCAACCUACCCGAGUCCUACAAGACAAACUCUCCCAAGGAGCAAAUGCUGUUGCAGGUGGCUGACAAUUUUCACCGACAGUAUGCGCAUCUCUGCCCAGACCGCGAGCCUCUCUUCCUCCACCCUAUAAACGAAUGCCGUGUGGAAAAAUUUGUGAGCACCACUGUGCGCCCAACUCUGCUUCCUUACUCAGAGUUGUACAACUGGGAUGGCAGUGCCCGCUUUGUGGCAGACUAUCUCACCAUGGAGCCCCUUCCGUCUCCUAUCGCGCCGCCUGGUUAUCUGUACUCCCCGACUACGAUCCUGCGCUACCAACGGGGGAACUGCUUUGACUUCAGCAUCCUGCUGUGCUCUCUGCUUAUUGGCGCAGGUUAUGAUGCCUACUGCGUCAAUGGCUAUGCCACCCGGGAAAUAUGCAUGAUGGAUGAGUCCAGGGAGGUGUGCCCACUCUUGAAAAAACCAGAAGAGGUCGCAGUGGAGGCUACAAAACAGAAGCCCAAGAAGUACGCCAUCAAGCCCCCCCGGGAUUUAAGCAGCAAAUUUGAGCUGCGCCAGGAAGCCAAGCAGCAGGCAAUUGUGCAGGCUGCUCUGGAGAAGAAGCGGAAGGAGGAAGAGGAAAAGAGACUGGAAGCUGAGAAGCCCCCGCCAGACACUCUGUAUGGUCUCCGAGUCCAUGCCUGGGUUCUGGUUCUUUCAGGCAAGCGUGAAGUGCCGGAGAGUUUCUUUAUCGAGCCUUUUACAGGGAAAAGCUACAGUACCACAGAUGAUCACUUCCUUGGUAUUGAGAGUGUCUGGAACCACAAGAAUUACUGGGUCAAUAUGCAGGACUGUUGGAAUGCCUGUAGGGAUCUCCAGUUUGACCUCGGGGACCCCGUGCGGUGGGAAUUCAUGUUGCUCGGCACCGACAAGCCCCUCCUGUCACUGCCAGAAAUGGAGGAGGAAGAGGACCUUGUGGAGGACGAGGUGGAUGACAUGAUGAAAGAAGAGGAAGCAAAGGGCUUUGACAUGCCUGCAUCCUGGGUGGAGCAGAUCCAGAUAUCUCCAAGAGAAUUCGAGACACGUUGUCCCCAAGGCAAGAAGGUGAUUCAGUACAAGAACGCCAAGCUGGAGAAAUGGGCGCCGUAUCUGAAUACCAACGGGCUGGUCACCCGCCUCACCCUCUUUGAAGAUCCAGACCGCACCAAAGUGCUGGAAGUGAAGGAAUGGUAUAAGAACCGGGAAGACGUGUUGGAGACAAGAGAUUUGAAUAAGAAAACGGAAGUGACGAAUGAGUUCUUCAUGCCUGGGCAUGUGCAAGGCCUCAAAGCGCACAUGUACUUGACGAUGGACCCCGAGACAGAUCGCACCAUGGAGUUUUAUAGCGAGACGCGGGUGGACGGCCUUCAGAAACGGGUUGAAACUCCCAAUGACAUGGAGGAGUAUUUUGAAGGACGGUCGGAUUUCCUGUACUACCGGCACGCUGAGUUUGGCAAAAGAAUAAAGAAAGCAGGCAACGCUGCGGCCAUCACUGAAAGCAAUGCCCGACCUAUACUGAAAAUCACUGAGCGGUUCUACAGGAACCCACAAAAACCAGCUGACGAAGAUGUGGCAGAGCGCAUCUUUUCGAUAGUGGAGGAGAAGAUCUUCUUGACCUACCACUGCAAGGAGAACUACAUCACCCCCUCGAAGAGGGACUUCAAUAAGCGGGCAGAUGUGGACAGCAUGGGGAAUAAGAUCAUCAUGACCCAUGACAUGUGCAUCAGCUACCUGGCAGGGUCCCCGGAGAAGGAAAAUAAACUGUUCCACCUGUAUGAAAUGAUGAUGCACCUGAUAGAGGACGAGAAAAAAGCCCGGCACCUAGUCUGGGAGUCAGAGAUGGAGGUCCUGGAUAUUCUGAGAAUUCGAGAGGAAGAAGAAGCAGCCAGCAAGUUGACUGUGUCUAUUUAUGAUACCGAGAGGAACGAGAAGAGCAAGGAACAGCGAGAGGCAAUGGAGCGCAUGCAGCAAGAGGAGCGCCAGCGGCAAGUGGAGCAGGAUCUGGACUACCUGGCGCCUUUCCUGAUCCAGAUUGGUGGCAUCGAAAAGAUGACCAAGUGGCUGGCUUUGCGCCUGAAGGAGGACUGCCUCAACGAUUUCAAGCACCGUCUCGUUGACAAGGCCAACCUCAUCCAAGCGCGUUUCGAGAAGGAAACCCAGGAGCUCCAGAAGAAGCAGCAAUGGUACCAGCAGAACCAGCUCAACAUGACCCUAGAGGAUGAGGAUGCCUACCUGACCUACUGCUCGGAUGCCAUGUUCCGCAUACGCAUCCUGGAGCUCCGCCUCAGCAGGCACAAAGAGAGAGCUCCUCUAAAAUACAUAGCGUUGGAAGAGAAACUAUGCAAAGACCCUCGCCUGUCUGAGCAUCUCAGAUUUUAUAUGUGACUUUGCUCCAAAUUUGCACAACCGUAGCUGGGAAUGACCCCUUAAUACCUCUUGACGGCUUCCUUGAUCUGCCAGUGCAAAGUAUAAUGGCCAAAGAUGACUUUUGUUCUAUAUUGUUUACCAUUGCCUUCGUCUUCUUCUUCUUUUCUUCUUCUUCUUCCUCUUCCUCCUCCUCCUCUUCUCUCCCUCUCUCCCUCCCUCCCCAGAAAACACUGGGAGCUUCCAGCCAUGCAAACACCCAGUGAACUGUUUUUUCUCUUUGGGUGGAACUACAGCUAGCAAUUCUCAGUUUGGAGUGGGCAGCAGCACUCACCUGACCAAUCAACCAGUGACAGGUCAGCUUACAGGCCCAUGUCUGAUGCAAAAGCCCACUAGCUGCAGUCUGGCUCUUCUUGCAUCUGUAUUCAUGUGAAGUGUCUUUAGGGCCCCUUCACGCCUGUUUCAUUUGCCAAAUGUGCUCCCAGUAAAAUGUUUUCCUCUGGCAUCUUU